AUGGCUUCUUCGUCCGACAUCCGCGACAUCAUGAACUUGGGCCAGGCAGGCCCUCGUCAGCCUGCGCCCAAGAGGAAGAAACUGGCAGAUACGCAGCCUCGUAUGACGGGAUUCAAGCGAGAAGUCCAAGCACUCAUGGGCGACUCCGUCCCUCCGAUAGCCAUCGUCGAACAACGUUCGUACAAAUCAAGACCGUCGAUUUCGCAGAAACUGUUCAAGCCGAGACAUUGGGAGGAAAGACCGUUCCAGCAUGGGGCGAGAACUGAUGGACUUGUGCUGAGACACUGGAAACGGUCUAUCCCAGGGUCACAGACGCGCCCACCAGUUGUUACCAACGGCGAGGGGUCUGGUGAUGUAGAAAUGACGGAUGACGCAAAGAGUACUGCUGCGCCCGAGCUUCGGUAUGAAGAUGAGUAUCCUUCGCAUAAGUGGAAUGUCAAAGUCCAGAUUCCGACAUACACGGACGAACAGUACGAGAAUCUGUUGAAGGCGGAUGACUGGUCUAGAGAAGAGACGGACUAUUUGAUGGAGCUCUGUCGUGAAUACGAUCUGCGAUGGGUGGUCAUUGCAGACAGGUACGACGCGAAAGAUAUCGUUAAACCUAGUACGUCUCAAGAGAAUGGCGAAGCGGCAGGCCGCGAGGUUGCCGCCAGACUUCCGGAGCGGACCAUGGAAGCACUCAAACAACGUUAUUACACCAUUGCCGCCAAGAUCCUCGAGACUCAGAUACCCAUCAGCAGCAUGGCUCAAGCGGAAUUCCAGCUGUGGGAGAAGAUGCGCAGCUUCGACGCCAAGACAGAGACCAUGCGCAAGGCAAUGGCGGAGAAACUGUUUGAACGCACCAAAGACGAAGCCGAUGAGGAGAGAACCUUGUUGGAAGAGCUAUACCGUAUCACCAAGAAUGAGGAAGACUUUAUCAAGAUGAGGGCAGACUUGUACGCCCGGCUGGAGCCUGUCGCCCCCAUUCGUCGCACCGAAAGAGGCGAGGAGCAGUCGACUGCCAUGUACCAGACUUCGGCUGGCUUGUCCAUGCUCUUGCAAAACAUGCUCGCAAAGGAGAAGAGGCUUAAGCCGCCUCGUCCUAUGCCUGAAGGAGCACAUAGUGGGCACUCCGCUGCAACGCCGACUGAUGCGCGGAAGGCGAGUCAACAACCCUCGUACAGCCGACGCGACACCAUGGACACUCAGGCGGACGAAACGGGUUCACAGAAGAAAGGUUCUGUGUCACAACCAACUGUGCGGGUAUUGACACCGCAAGAAGAGGCACGUUUUGGAGUUGCUCAUCCUCAAGAGCGACUCACGAGUGGGGUCCAGUUCCGGCAUGAGAAGAUUAACCGUCUUACCAUGGCAAAGAGUCAGACACAGACGACCAAGAUUCAGGCUGCAUUGACGGAGUUGGGUAUCCCACCACGCCUGCUCAUGCCGACUGAGAGAGUCUGUCGGGAAUUUGAGCGGCUGGUGAAGGAGAUCAAUGUUCUUCUCGAUGCCAGGAAGGUCAACGAGAAGAUUGCGACCGAGAUCAAAAUCUUGGAAGAGCAGAGACGCAUCAGGCUCGGUCUGCCUAAGGAAGGAGGACCGCCUGGUCAAACGGACGGAAGUGUAAUGGAGGUGGACUCGUCGCAGAUUGUGGAUAGUAAACUCGAAACGGUACAGGAUAGUUCAAUGAUGGCUGCAGACGAAGGUAAGGACGCCGGGGGUCAGGCCGAUUCCACUGCCGAGCGUGACCACAAUCAAGAGAAGAAAGACGGCGCUGAAGGCGACGAAAGCACCAUGGCUGUGGAUAAACCGGACGAGGACGCCGACGCUGAUGAGGAUGAUGAAGAGGCAGCCGCCGAGGCCUCGCAGCUCAAGCAUGAAGAGGACGAAGAGCAGGAUGAGAACGGUGACGACGAAGAUCAGGAUGAAGAUGCCGAUAACUCUGCUGCUGAGCAAGACCAAGACGGUGAAGACGAAGAUGCAGAAGAAGAAGAGGAAGACGAGGAUGACGACGGACCUCAACUUGGAGUUGAUGACGACGAAGACGAGGAAGAUGGAGCAGAAAUUGCCGCGACUCCAGAUAUCGACAGUGAUGCGGACGAAGAUGGAGAAAACGAAGAGCAAGAUGAGGAUGAGGACGAUGAAGAGGAUGGAGAAGGAGAUGAAGAACAAGAAGAAGCUGAGGCCGAAGCUGCCGAAGAGGAGUCAGAAGGCGACGCUGGGCAGGACGAUGGAGAGGACGGCGAGGAUGCAGAUGCCGAUGGCGAUAGUAACCCUGCGAAGGACGACCCAGACGAGGCUGUCGCAUCGGUCUCUGCCGCAGCCACACGUGCGCACAAGAGGUCUGCCAGUGUCAUUUCCGAGGUCAGUCGUGCUGGUAGUAAUCGGAGCGGUAUGGGUAGGAAGAAAAGAAGGUAG